GGUAGAUUGAUGCUGCUUAUUCUUGCAGUCUCAAUCGUGUUCGGACCGCUCUCUAGCAGUGGGCAAGCACAAGACAAUUCUCCUCCGGUUUUGUCAAAGUCGCUUUGCCACACGGAGUUUGCAGAGAAUAACAAAGUCGGUGCCGUGGUGCUUCAAGUCAAUGCUACAGACCACGAUUCGAACGACACGUUGACUUACACGUUGGUCAACGGAUUUGAUUCUGAGUACUUCGCCAUUAACAACACCAAUGGCGUUGUUACUGCUAUCAGUCAAUUUGAUCGAGAGAGUCUUAAGAUUGACGUUCUGCGAUUUACAGUUAAGGUAUCAGACGGCGUCAAUGAACCAUCCGAAGACUCUUUUAGCGUCGUGAUUACUGAUAAGAAUGAUAAUACUCCCACUUUUGUAAACACACCUUACUCGGUAACAUUGCCCGAGAACACCGACAUUGGCAGUAUUGUUCAACGCGUGACCGCAACAGAUGCUGAUAAAAAUGAAAACCGUGACGUCUGGUACGAAAUCACAAAAGGCAACAAAGGCGGCUACCUUAGUAUUUCUCCUCGUGACGGUGCUAUCACGCUCGUGAAGUCAUUAGACUAUGAGUCACAGCCAGAUGGUUACGAGUUAACUGUUCAAGUUUCUGAUUUGGGGAAGCCAGUUCGUUCUAAUACAACCAGUGUUGUCAUACACGUUACUAACAUCAAUGACAACAAACCAGUGUUUCAGGAAACUGAGUUUGCUGUAAAUCAAGAUGAAGGGACAUCUGUAGACACUUUAAUACUAAAGGUAACAGCCACUGAUAAUGAUAUUGGACUGUUUGGCGAACUGUUAUACUCGAUUAUUGAUGGAAGUGUCGAUAACCGCUUUGACAUUAACAACAAGACUGGUGAGAUCAGGAACACAAAGGUGCUAGAUCGUGAGCAGCGGAAUUCAUACCGUCUCAUUGUACAAGCUAAAGAUAGAGGACCAGAAGAGUGGACACAUUCGGCAGUUGUGAAUAUUGCCGUGAAUGACAUCAAUGAUAAUCAUCCACAGCUUGACAAGCCUAUUACCUUCAAAAUCGUUGAAAACAGUCCUGUUGGCACUCCAGUUGCAAUAUUUUCGGUGAGAACACUCAGUUACAGCGGGGAAAAGAAAGCUCUGGCCAUGGCAUCGCACCUAGAUGGACCAGCUUUCGAGUGCUAUGCGCGCAUGAGCGAAGAACACCAAAAAGACCCAGCAGUGGUUGCAGACGAGCUCAAGCAGGAGUUUGUCAAAGCAGAGAGAGAUCAAGAUACCGCUAUACACGAGCUUACAGGACGAUCUUGGCGUCCAGCGCAAUUCUACAUUGUGCCGGGUAUCACGGAGGGCGUUCUAGGACUCGAUACGUUAUCUCAUCUGGACUUACAAAUUGACACGAGACCGCGACGGUUGCUCAUUGAUGGUCAUGCCAUACCCGAAUGUGAAUGGCGUCGCCCUCCUGAACGAUCACGCUCGCAGAUCCAACUGGUCAGAUUCGGGAAAGUGUAUGCUACUACUGAUGAAUACAUUGCUCCUGGCCAAGAAUACACUGUUUGGGGCAAGGUUUACUGCCCAGGUCUACGUCCAGACAAGACAUACACGGGUGUAGUGGAAUUGGCUCUCUAUAUGGACGACAUUUGCGUUAUUUCUGCGACGUUCGACUCUCAUCUGGAACGCUUCGAGGCCACGUUCAAAAAUCUUUUGGCCCACGGUCUCCGCAUCAAAGCACAUAAUGCAGUUUCACUAUGGCGGAAGUCAUCUUCUGUGGACACAAACUCAGCGCCGAGGGAAUACAACCAUCCAGCACUAAACUGGACGCCAUCAGCAGGUUGCCCGUUCCAUCCACACCUACCAAAGUCAAAACUUUUCUCGGGGCGACAGGAUGGCGGGAGUAGCAUUCACUUGGACGCACGAGUGCCAAACAGCGUUCGAAACAUUAAAACUACAAUUGAUGAAGUCACCGUUGCUAAGUCACAUUCGUCCGGUCGGCACUCUCGUUCUGACAACGGAUGCCUCUACCGUUGGUCUGGGUGCAGAACUCGCUCAGGAGACACACGAAGGGACACAUCCUGUCGCAUUUUUAGCAGAGCUAUGACUAAAACGGAACGGAAUUACUCGACAUACGACCGCAAAUUGCUCGCUAUAGUAUCAGCUAUUCGGCACUUUCGCCACCACCUGCUCGACAGGCGGUUUGUGCUACGGACUGAUCACAGACCAUUGCAAUAUUUUCCCGUCACCCGAGACCCUUGGGGUAGACGCGCCCGAUGGCUUGCGGAACUACAGCUGUAUGAUUUCAGCAUCCAGUACGUUGAAGGUACCCAGAAUUGCGUCGCGGAUGCUUUGAGCCGUUUGAGGUUUGCAAAGGAACCCACUGACACAAUUGCCAACGUCACAAGUCACGACAAGUCAUCACAAUUUUUGGAAGACGACAUUCGGACUGCCAAAGCAGCAGACUCUGAUAUCGCGGUAGUCAUCGGACUUCUCCAGUCUCGUCGUCUUCCGUCAGCCGACGCAUCCCCUAGUGUGAAAAUUUUUCUGCGACAUGAUCUUCAUCUUGAAGAAGACAUCGUUUGGCGCAAGGCGCACGACUCGAGACAGUUGGUCGUACCACUCUUGCUUGUACCACUAGUCUUACAAGUGGCGCACGAUGACCCUACGACAGGACACCAGGGAGCCAACAAUACCCUCGGCAGGCUACUCGCACGUUUUUGGUGGCCUACAGUGCGCCAGGAUGUUGCUGCAUAUAUCCAGUUGUGCCAUCGUUGCGAAGAACGCAACCAUCCGACUGCUGCAUCUAAAGCUCCGCUUUGCCAACGCCCUCGCCCUUCUCGUCCGUUCGAUAAUGCGAAGACAGAUAUUAAAGGGCCAUUUCCACUGUCCCCAGACGAAUACCGCUACAUUCUAGUCUUCCAAGAUGCUUUCAGCAAGUAUUCGGAAAUGACACCUGUUGCAACCGCGUCGGCCCACACCGUUAGCACCAAAUUGAGAGAGUGGAUCGGACGCUACGGCAUCCCGCGUACCAUCCAUUCCGACCAAGGUGCUUGCUAUACGAGCACGACGUUUAACGAAUUGUGUGCUAAGUAUGGGAUCCGGCACACUGUCUCUUUAGCCUACCACCCGCAAGUUAAUGGCCCAGUUGAGAGGUUGAACCGUUCUAUAGGAACAACUCUGGCAAAAUUCGUUCAACACUCUCAAACCGACUGGCCAGCUCGACUACCAGACGUGCAGUUGACAUACAUCUCUGCCAAGCUUGACACGAUUAAUGCGCCUCCGUUUCGCAUUAUUUUUAAACAGGGAGCCCGCACAAUGACAGAUUUCUUGGCGGACCAUCUCCAAUCCACACCGCAAGCAGAUAUACAGCAAUCACAAGAACAAAACGGUUCCUCUUCACAUCCCCAACCGACAGAUACAUUACAGUGCACACAAGAACUAUAUGACCGCGUCGCGGACCAUCUUAAUAUCGCCACUUUUAAUCAACAAACGCGGUACAACCAGAGCACACACCACACGCCAUACGGCCCUGGCGACCACGUAUGGCUCUACCAGCCACGUGUCCCUCGCGGCAAGGCACGUACACUAACGCCAUAUCGGACUGGACCUUACGUUAUUGUGAAGCGUUGCUCAGAGGCAACAGAUCGUGAUACAGGAAACAACGGCUCUCUCACGUUUAAGAUUGUAGAUGGAAAUACGCGAAACUCAUUCGAGAUUGCAGAUCCUUUCAGCGGUAUUGUGACUGUUGGCAAUAAUAGUUUGGAUUAUGAAGCAAUUCCGACGUUCAAUUUGACAAUUGAAGUGCGAGACGGUGGUCCAAACAGUGGAAUGGCGAAUCGUACCACUUUAUUCGUUCAUGUGAUAAACCAGAAUGACAACGCACCCAAGUUUGCAUUUGAAGUCUAUAACUUUUCUGUACCUGAGACUAAACCUAACGUCCUUGCCGGUAUCGUCUCUGCCACUGACGCAGACGGAGAUAAAGUGUCUUAUACGUUGUCUGGAGCCCACAAUGAAAGGUUUGACAUUGAUUCAGAAACGGGUUGGAUUACUGCGAAAGUGAUAGAUCGCGAAGAUACCUGCGGCGAAGUAUACAAUUUGAUAGUAAUUGCCGAAGAAAAGGCAACAACAGAACGACGACGGACCAUGAUUCCUUGUCAAAUUUACAUAUUGGACGAGAACGACAACGGUCCGACAUUUAGUCCUACAUCGUAUUCAGCGUCCAUAUACGAGAACUCUGUGUACACAGGUUUUGUCACUGUCACUGCUACAGAUCCGGAUUUGGGAGACAACGGAACGGUGACGUACGAGAUCGUUGCUGGUGAUACGGACUCUCUCUUCUCCAUCGAUGCCACCACAGGCAGAAUCUCUACCAAUGGAAAACAAGAUAGAGAAGGUUUAAGGAAAGAGUACACGUUGACUGUGAGGGCCAGUGACGGCGGUAAACCGGCCAAUACUACUCUUGCAAAUAUCAGCGUGUCUAUCUUGGAUAUCAACGACAACCCGCCCGUAUUUGAUAAAGGGACGUAUACGUCUACAAUCAGUGAGAAUGAUAACGACGUCGUGCGCGUGCGCGCAACAGAUAAAGACGUCGGUUUAAAUGGAACAGUUACUUACAACAUUACGUCUGUCGUUCCAUCUUCUGGUAAGUUUUCGAUUGACACGGGCACUGGAUCUGUGACAACGAAAGAAACCAUUGACUAUGAAACCGACCCGCACAAUUACACUCUCACGAUCAUGGCCACUGACGGAUUGGGACUGCAUGAAACGUGCAAGGUGGUCAUUUCUAUAACAGAUGACAACGACAACGCACCAAGUUUUAACCAAUCUCUGUACGCCGGUGAGGUCAAAGAAACUCUCAAUAACACAUUCAUUACUACGGUAUGGGCGACGGAUAAGGACGACGGUGACAAUGGAAUAGUUGUAUACUCAAUUGUACAAGGAGACGACGGAAAAGAAUUUCGUGUAAAUAAAAAUGGAGAAAUUUAUACGAGUGAGAAGUUAGAUCGUGAAAACAAGUCGUCGUACUUUUUGACAGUGCAAGCUAAUGACCAAGGCCAUCCUUCUCAGUCUAGUACGACGUUUGUAAACAUCACGGUGACGGAUGUGAACGACAACAGUCCGAACUUUACUCUUUCCAAGUACAAGAAACUCGUUAGCGAAGGUUCAUCGAUCGGCACGACCGUGUUGAUGUUAAGUGCGACGGACAAGGAUUUAGGCGUCAAUGCUAAUGUCACAUACUCGUUUGCUGAUCCCCAAUCCGUCAAUGUGACGUCGUUUUCUAUCGACGCUGUCAGCGGUUCUAUAACAACUAGCAAGUUGUUGGAUGCGGAAGCAGUCAAGGAGUACACAUUUGAUGUGAGAGCCACUGACAACGGCCAUUCUUCGUUAAGUUUUGAUGCCGCCGUCGUCGUUAGCGUGAAGAAUGUCAAUGACAACCCACCCAAGUUUGCAUUGUCAAUCUAUAACUUUUCGGUAUCUGAGAAUAAGCCUCAUGUCGUGGUCGGUACCGUCUCUGCAACUGACGCAGACGAAGAUGAAGUUUCUUAUCGUUUGUCUGAAGUCCACGAUAAUAGAUUUAGGAUUGAUCCUUCAACGGGUCAGAUUAUUACGAAAAUGGCGAUAGAUCGCGAAGAUACUUACGGCGGAGUGUGCACUUUGUUAGCAGUUGCCACAGAAAAGACAGCAACAGAAGGACGACGGACCACAGCACAUAUUUUUAUCGCCAUAAUGGACGAGAACGACAACGUUCCAAAAUUUAGUUCUACAUCGUAUGUAACGUUCAUAUACGAGGGUUCUAUCCACUCAGAUUUUGUUGCCGUUACUGCUACAGACCCGGAUUUGGGAAACAAUGGGACGGUAACGUACAAGAUUGUUGCUGGUGAUACCGACUCUCUCUUCUCCAUCAAUGCCACCACAGGCAGAAUCUCUGCCAUUAAAGAACCAGACAGAGAAGGCUUGGGGAAGAAGUACACAUUGACGGUGAUGGCCAGUGAUGGCGGUAAACAGGCAAAAACUGAUGUUGCAAAUGUCAGCGUAGUUAUUAAGGAUAUCAACGACAACCCGCCCGUAUUUGAUAUAGAGAGGUAUACGUCUACAAUCAGUGAGAAUGAUAACGAGGUCGUGCGCGUGCACGCAACAGAUAAAGACGUUGGUUUAAACGAAACAGUUACUUACAACAUUACAUCUGUCGUUCCGUCGUCUCAUAAGUUUUCGAUUGACACGGGCACUGGAUCUGUGACAACGAAAGGAACCAUUGACUAUGAAACCGAUCCACACAAUUUCACUUUAACGAUCGUAGCCACUGACGAAUCCGGACGGAAUGGAACGUGCACUGUGGUUAUUGCUAUAACAGAUUACAAUGACAACGCACCAGUUUUUAGCCAAUCUCUAUACCACGGUAAGGUUAAAGAAAGAUUGCCCAUUGACUCACUCGUUACUACGGUAUGGGCGACGGAUAAGGACGACGGUGACAAUGGAAGAGUUGGAUACUCAAUUGUAGAUGGGAAUAGGGGAGGAGCAUUUAUGGCGACUGAAGAUGGAAAAAUUAGAACACGCGUUGUGCUAGAUCGUGAAACAAAGUCGUCGUACUUGUUGACAGUGCAAGCUAGUGACAUGGGCACUCCGUCUCAAUCUAAUAGUACGGCUUUUGUAAACAUCACGGUGACGGAUGUGAACGACAACAGUCCGAACUUUACUCUUUCCAAGUACAAGGUACCCGUUAGCGAAGGUUCAUUGAUUGGCACGACCGUGUUGAUGUUGAGUGCGAUGGACAAGGAUUUAGGAGCCAAUGCUAUUGUUACAUACUCGUUUGCUGAUCUCCAAUCGGUUAAUGUGACGUCGUUUGCUAUCAAUGCUGUUAGCGGUUCUAUAACAACUAGCAAGUUGUUGGAUGCGGAAGCAGUCAAGGAGUUCACGUUUGAUGUGAGAGCCACUGACAACGGCCAUCCUUCAUCGAGUUCUGAUGUCACCGUCGUCGUUAGCGUAAAGAAUGUCAAUGACAAUUCACUCAAGUUUGCAUCUACAUUCUAUAACUUUUCGGUACCUGAGAAUAAGCCUAACGUCGUUGUCGGUACCGUCUCUGCAACUGACGCAGACGGAGAUGAAAUGUCUUAUAGUUUGUCUGGAGUCCACAGUGACAGGUUUGACAUUGAUCCUCCCACGGGUCAGGUUACUGCGAGAGUAGCGAUAGAUCGCGAAGAUACUUACGGCAGAGUGUACAAUUUGGUAGCAGUUGCCGAAGAAAAGGCAACAAUAGAACGACGACGGACCACAGCAUAUAUUACUAUCGACGUAUUGGACGAGAACGACAACGGUCCGACAUUUAGUCCUACAUCGUAUUCAGCGUCCAUAUACGAGAACUCUGUGUACACAGGUUUUGUCACUGUUACUGCUACAGAUCCGGAUUUGGGAGACAACGGAACGGUGACGUACGAGAUCGUUGCUGGUGAUACGGACUCUCUCUUCUCCAUCGAUGCCACCACAGGCAGAAUCUCUACCAUUGGAAAACAAGAUAGAGAAGGUUUAAGGAAAGAGUACACGUUGACUGUGAGGGCCAGUGACGGCGGUAAACCGGCCAAUACUACUCUUGCAAAUAUCAGCGUGUCUAUCUUGGAUAUCAACGACAACAAGCCCGUAUUUGAUAAAGGGACGUAUACGUCUACAAUCAGUGAGAAUGAUAACGACGUCGUGCGCGUGCGCGCAACAGAUAAAGACGUCGGUUUAAAUGGAACAGUUACUUACAACAUUACGUCUGUCGUUCCAUCUUCUGGUAAGUUUUCGAUUGACACGGGCACUGGAUCUGUGACAACGAAAGAAACCAUUGACUACGAAACCGACCCGCACAAUUACACUCUCACGAUUGUAGCCAGUGACGGAUUGGGACUGCAUGAAACGUGCAAGGUAGUCAUUUCUAUAACAGAUUUCAACGACAACGCACCAAGUUUUAACCAAUCUCUGUACGCCGGUGAGGUCAAAGAAACUGUCAAUAACACAUUCAUUACUACGGUAUGGGCGACGGAUAAGGACGACGGUGACAAUGGAAUAGUUGUAUACUCAAUUGUACAAGGAGACGACGGAAAAGAAUUUCGCGUAAAUAAAAAUGGAGAAAUUUAUACGAGUGAGGAGUUAGAUCGUGAAAAAAAGUCGUCGUACUUUUUGACAGUGCAAGCUAAUGACCAAGGCCAUCCUUCUCAGUCUAGUACGGCUUUUGUAAACAUCACGGUGACGGAUGUGAACGACGAAAGUCCGAACUUUACUCUUUCCAAGUACAAGGUACCCGUUAGCGAAGGUUCAUUGAUUGGCACGACCGUGUUGAUGUUGAGUGCGAUGGACAAGGAUUUAGGAGCCAAUGCUAAUGUUACAUACUCGUUUGCUGAUCCCCAAUCGGUUAAUGUGACGUCGUUUUCUAUCGAUGCUGUCAACGGUUCUAUAACAACUAGCAAGUUGUUGGAUGCGGAAGCAGUCAAGGAGUACACAUUUGAUGUGAGAGCGACGGACAACGGCCAUCCUUCGUUGAGUUCUGAUGCCACCGUCGUCGUUAGCGUGAAGGAUGUCAAUGACAACGAGCCCGUCUUUAAUCAAGUCAGCUAUACAGCCAAUUUGCACGACAACGAAUCUCCGGGUACAUCUGUUGUGACCGUCUUUGCCACCGAUAACGAUACCGGCGACAACGCAAACGUCGUUUACUCAAUCACAGAUAACAAGAAUUUUGAUAUUAAUCCUACUUCGGGUAAGAUAACAACGAAAGUCAAGUUAGAUGGUAAAUCGACUUCAUCAUACGUUUUUCAAGUGAAGGCAACUGAUUUUGGAUCUCCUCCGCUCUCUGACAAGGCAACAGUGAUAAUCAGCGUUACAAGCAGCAGCAGUGACCCUGAGGAGGACGACGACGACAAGAGAACACCUGAAUCAAAUCCAACCAAUUGCACAAGCGCUGCAUCAUCUGCUACUAUUGCUAUCGUUCUGGUAUUGCCUACAAUUUUCUAUUACUUGUGUUCGUAUCUGCAUUUUCUGGGAGCCAUGUUUCGAAUGCUGCACAUUCUUUCUUUUCUAGCCUUACUGCACAUGAGCAGAGGACAAGGCAAUUCUCCUCCUGUUUUUGUAAAAACUAAUUGUUGUCAAGAAAUAUCGGAAAACAACAAUCUUGGUGCAGUGGUACUUCAAGUCAACGCUACAGACCGAGAUUUAAAUGAUACAUUGACUUACACGUUGGUCACCGGAUCUGACUACUUUGCAAUUAACAGCAGCAGUGGCAUUGUCACGACCAUUAAUCGAAUUGAUCGAGAGAGACUUCCGAACGACAUUCUAGCAUUUAAAGUCGAGGUAUCUGAUGGCGUUUAUCAACCAAACACAGGCUCUGUAUGUCUCCUAGUUAAUGAUGAGAAUGAUAAUUAUCCUAUUUUUGUGAAUACAUCUUACUCUGUAGCAAUACAUGAGAACACAACCGUUGGCUGGACUGUUUUCCACACUCGUGCUACAGAUGCCGAUGAAGGAACCAACAGUCAUGUCCAAUACAAAAUCAUGAAAGGCAACGAGGACGAUUAUUUUAGUAUUUCUCUCUAUAACGGUGAUAUCACACUUGAAAAGUCACUAGACUAUGAGUCUCAUCCAAUGAGUUACGUGUUGACUGUUGAGGCUUAUGAUUUGGGAAAUCCGUCUCUUUCUGCCACAGCAAACGUUGUGAUAAACAUUGCUAAUAUUAAUGAACACAACCCAGUCUUUGACAAAGCCGUGUUUGCUGGAAAUCAAGAUGAAGAGACACCUGCACACACUUUCAUCCUAACGGCAAGAGCCAGUGAUUUGGACAGUGGGGUUUUUGGCAAGCUGUCAUACUCGAUUGUUGGCGGAAAUGACGACGGGCGCUUUUACAUAAACAGCACAACGGGGAAUAUCAGUAAUGCAAUGGUCCUAGACCGGGAACAACAGAAUUUGUACAACCUUGUUGUAGAAGCUACAGAUGGAGGACCAAAUAAUAGAACUGCUCAGGCAAAUGUAACUAUUGUCAUCAAUGAUAUCAAUGAUAAUCCUCCAGAAUUCGAUGACAAGAAUAAGUACGUCAAUGUUCCUGAAAACAAUCGAGUUGGCAUUUCGGUGGCAACAUUUUCGGCUACCGAUAAUGAUAUUGCAAUUAACAGUCUUCUCAUGUAUAAAAUUGUGACCGGAAAUACGGGCAACGCGUUUGACAUUCCGGACCCUUUCACUGGUAUUGUGACUGCUCGCAGCUCUCUCGACUAUGAAGCUAUUCGGAUGUACACUUUGAAAAUUGAAGUUCGAGAUGGUGGCCCAAACGGUGGAAUGGCGGAUUAUGCCACGUUGAUUGUCUACGUGGGAAACUUGGAUGACAACAUACCUCAGUUUGACUCUCCGUCUUAUAAUUUUAUGGUACCUGAGAAUGAAAUUAAUGCCAUAGUUGGUCGUGUCUCGGCAACUGACGCGGACGGUCAAGUGUCUUACAGACUGGUUGGACUACACAGUAACAGGUUUUCUAUUGGAGCAGCAACUGGUCAGAUUGCUACGAAUGGGGCACUUGAUCAUGAACAAGCUGACGGCAAGUUGUACCACUUGGUAGUCGUUGCCGAAGACAAGACAACAACAGACAUUGCGAUGAGACACGAGACUUCAGCGAGCGUUACCGUUAGGGUAAUCGACAAGAACGACAACGACCCGCUAUUCGAAAAAAGGGAAUAUACAGCAACCAUAGAAGAGGAGCAACCACGUGGACAGAGUAUUGCAAAGGUGUCAGCAACGGACAGGGAUAGCUCUACUAGCGGACGCAUUUCGUACGCAAUAGUCGACGGUUUGGGCAAGGAUAAAUUCGAGAUCAGCUCUUUAACGGGUGACAUUUACACCACAACGACACUCGAUCGCGAGACCCACAACUCCUACACUCUCACUCUACAGGCGAAAGACAACGGUUUGCCUUCUCGAUCAACCACAGCGACGCUGACUGUAACAGUUAAAGACAUCAAUGACAAUAAACCGUAUUUUCAUCCUGAUACUCCUCAUGAGGUGUCUUUGCCUGAGAAUACAACGAUAGGGACGACAGUCCUGACUGUCAGAGCUAGAGAUGACGAUGUAGGCCGCAAUGGAAUGAUUGUGUAUAGUCUCGAAGGAGACGAAGGAAAGUUUGGGUUGAAUAAAAGUACAGGUGAACUGACGACUGUGGCGUCUCUCGGUCGUGAGACAAGUAAGAUGAGCAGUCCUACGCCUGGCUCUUACAUGUUGACAGUGAUCGCUACUGAUUCCGGGAACGUACCUAGAUCGGAGACAUGGACUAUAGCAGUAACCGUAAUCGAGACCACGAAGAAAAACAAGGAUGCUGCAUCACCUGCUAUUGGCGUGGUCACGGUUCUAGCUUUACUUUUCUUGCAUGUUGUAGUGACUAACGUCUUGGGUUUCUAACCGUUUGCCUUCGUGUUACACGUUUUACGUUGGCAAACUACGCGAGUGUUUCAAUUGACUGUAUUUCGGUCAUUAGCAUGCAUUUUAUUACUGACUACAGGUAUUCUCUUGUUUACGGAUUUUUUGAGUAGGAGCGAAAUCUAGAUUGGUAGAUAAAAUGGUUAAAAGAACAACAAAAUGAG